CCCUUCCCCUUCCCCCCCCCCCUCCUCCUCCUUUUUCUCUCCCUCUCUUUGCUCCCCUGCGCGCCUCUCGCCCCGCCCGCCCAUCGCAAUUAUGAGCUCGGCCGCGCGCUCGAAGAUCCACCCCAAGGAUCUGAUCAAGACCUGGAAGAUCGUCAAGGGCGAUCGCGUUGCUGUCAUGAGCGGCAAGUCUGUCGGCCACAUUGGCGAGGUCGUCAAUGUUAUCCGCAAGCAAAACCGCGUGGUGGUGGCCGGUGCCAACCUCGUCAAGAAGCACCAGGCCCCGACCGGUACCUCUCGUGGUGGUAUCCUCCAGAAGGAGAUGCCGAUUCAUGUCAGCAACGUGUCCCUCCUGGACCCGAAGGACGGCCAGCCCACCCGUGUUGAGAUGAAGUAUGUGGUCGAGGGCGAUGGCUCCUCCUUCCGCAAGGUCCGCGUCUCCAAGCGCUCCGGUCUGAUCAUCGAGAAGCCCCCUCCGUCCUUCAUGACCCGCAAGCGCAACCUCGAUGUUGGCAUCAAGGACACCCCGGUCGAGGCCUCCCGUGGUGACUAUGAGAUUUCCCUCAUCCGCAACGCCCCGCUGACUGGUAUUCAGCCGACCCACCGCCCGUGGGUGAUGAUGCCUCGCCGGAUGGUCCUCAGCGAGGACAACCCCCUGCUCGGUGGUGCCGGGCUUGGUAACGAGGCCAUCGUCGAGAAGCGCCUUCAGAAGGCCGAGGCUGCGGCCCUCCGCCGGCAGGCCCUCCUCCAUGCUGCGGCCCUGACCACCACCUCCACGCCGUCCGCCGACCCCGUCGACCUGGCCGACCCCGCCUCCACCCCCCAGGAGCAGAAGCCGGCCACCGAGAAGCUCGAGUAAGCGCCCGGGGAAGCUGUUGCGCUCUCUGUCCAUCGGACAUUCUUGCGCGCAUCCCUCUCUUCCCUUCCCUGCGCGCCUCAGUUUUUUCCCUGCGCACGCGCGCGCGCGCGCCCCGCGAGCGUGUGCCUUCUCCUUGUGAUUUCUCCCCCUCCUUUUCUCUCUCUCUCUCUCUGCUCGCUUUCUCAUUUAACACACAUCCAGACAAACAAUAAACGCCCCUAUAGAUCA